ACAUAAAAAUGGAUCAAAGUGACAGCAGUAGCAGCAACUCCGACCACCACCACCACCACCACCAUUCAGCGAUGCAGCUCGCCGGCUCAUCCUCCAACCCGGCCUCCGCCGCUUCCGAUCCACCCAAGAAACCCAAACGGUCCACCAAAGACCGUCACACAAAGGUCGACGGCCGUGGCCGCCGGAUCCGCAUGCCGGCUACCUGCGCCGCCCGUGUCUUUCAACUCACUCGUGAACUCGGCCACAAAUCCGACGGUGAAACCAUUGAAUGGCUCCUCCAACACGCCGAACAUGCCAUAAUCGCCGCCACCGGCACCGGCACCAUCCCGGCCAACUUCUCCACUCUCAACGUCUCCGUUCGUAGCUCCGGUUCUUCUUCUCGUUCAGCGCCUCAUCAUCAUGAACUUUUUGACUCUUCAUCCUUGUUAGGCUUUCAACAUCACCACCAUCAUUUACUCUCUUCUUCUUCUUCUUCUUCUUCUUCUUCAUCUUCAUCUUCUUCUUCUUCAUCGGAAAGGGUGGCUGCGCCGGCGAUCUGGAUGGCAGGACCGUCGGAGUGGACGGGUGGUGGUACAGUGGCUGCACCGCUUCAGUUCAUGUCAAGGAUUAACAUGCCUGCAGUUGCUGCAGGGCCAUUGACUUCAAUGCUAGUACAACAAGCGCCGCCGGCGACGGCGGUGGCGCAUCUUGGUCUUGGAUUGUCUGACAGUAAUCUUGGAAUGCUUGCUGCUAUGAAUAGUUUUAAUAGAAGUGGUUUGAGUUUAAAUUCUCAACAUUAUUAUCAUCAUCAUCAUCAUCAUCAUCAUCAACAACAACAGCAACAACAACAGCAGCAACAGCAGGAUGAAGAAGAAGAAGGUGGUGGUGGUGGUGGAGAGAGUGGAAAGUCACACUGAGUGACUAUAAU